CUACUCUAUACGACAAAACCUUGUGACAAAAUGCUCAAAACCUCACCUGCUUCUUCCCUCUCUCUCAGAUAAAGUGACAACUCCCCACCAACCCCUUAGUUUCAUCCCCUAAAACGUCAUCGUUUCCUCAUGUCCCUCUCUCCUUCUGCCUCGCCGGCUCCGGCAGAUUCCCCUCCUGCCACGUCAUCACCUCCUGCUCCUCCUUUCUCUCCUCUUCCCCCGCCAUUGGAAUCUCCUCCUCCCUUGGCUCCACCACCAACUAUAUUACCUCCCACCUCUUCCCCACCACCACCUUCUGUGGAACCCCCACCGUCUCCUCCUUUAGAACCCCCACCGUCUCCUCCGGAGGAACCACCACCGUCUCCUCCUGAGGAACUCCCACCUUCCCCUCCAACUCCUUCCGUCUCACUCUCACCGCCAUUGCCCUUCCUUCCCGCCAAACCUUCUCCGCCGCCUUCUCCACUUCCCUCUGAGACACCGCCGCCGCCGGAAAAAACAGCUUCUCCACCGCCUCCUUCACUACCAUCAGAAUUACCUCCGCCGGUGAAUACAGCAGCUUCUCCACCGCCGCCGUCUCCUCCUCGCCGCCGUGGUCCUAAACCUUCACUUCCUCCUCCCACUACUCCAUCUAUCCCGGAAACUUCCCCUCCACCUAAACCACCACUCUCACCACCACCAUUGCCAUCUUCAUCCACUCCGGCGCCAAAGAACUCGCCAGCAACAACAACUCUUCCUUUUUUCGGCCCAAUGGGCCCACUACCAGACGGAACUAUAUCAACACCUAAUGGGCCCAUUAUAGAGCCCAAAACAACUCCAGGCCAAUCAAUCUCCCCGGGAACAGCACAGCCACUGGUACCAAAGAGUCUCCCCGAGACGACGUCGUACCACAGAUCAUCAGCCGGAUUCUUAUUCGGAGGUGUGAUCGUUGGAGCUCUUCUGCUUGUUCUAUUAGGCCUCCUCUUCGUCUUCUACAGAGCCACCAGAAACAGAAAUAGCAACAGCUCUCGUCAUCAACAAUCAAAAACUCCACCAAAAGUUCAACAUCAACGAGGCGGUAAUGUGGAACCAGACCAGACGAAUGUUAUCACUAUACCACCACCAAAGUAUUCAUCCAGCGCAAGCUAUAGUACUACCACUAAGGAGAGCAAUGCUGUUACAAUGAACGUUACAGUGUCAUCAGGAACGUUCACAUACGAAGAGCUACUAGAGGCAACGGGUGGAUUCUCAGAGGCUAACCUCUUGGGAGAAGGAGGAUUCGGUUACGUUCACAAAGGAGUGCUGAGAAACGGGAGAGAAGUUGCGGUGAAGCAGCUGAAGAUUGGGAGUAAUCAAGGGGAAAGAGAGUUUCAAGCUGAAGUUGACACUAUCAGUAGAGUUCAUCAUAAACACUUGGUUUCGUUGGUUGGUUAUUGCAUUAACGGAGAUAAAAGACUGUUGAUUUAUGAGUUUGUUCCUAAAGAUACGUUGGAGUUUCACUUGCAUGGGAACAGAGGAAGUGUGUUGGAGUGGGGAUUGAGGCUUAGGAUUGCUGUAGGAGCAGCUAAAGGAUUAGCUUAUCUUCAUGAGGAUUGCAGUCCAACUAUAAUUCACCGUGAUAUCAAAGCAGCUAAUAUACUUCUAGAUUCCAAAUAUGAGGCAAAGGUCUCUGACUUUGGGCUAGCCAAGUUCUUUUCAGACACCAAUUCAUCAGUCACUCAUAUCUCUACUCGAGUGGUAGGAACGUUCGGAUACAUGGCUCCAGAAUAUGCGUCUAGUGGUAAAGUGACUGAUAAAUCAGAUGUGUAUUCCUUUGGUGUCGUGCUUCUAGAACUCAUCACUGGACGUCCACCAAUCUUCGCUAAAGAUCCUACCAGAAACCAGAGUUUAGUUGACUGGGCGAGGCCAUUGCUUGCAAAAGCUAUCUCCGGAGAGAGUUUUGACACUCUUGUAGACCCGAGACUGGAGAAGAACUACGAUACAACUCAAAUGGCAGACAUGGCUGCUUGUGCUGCUGGUUGCAUACGCCAAUCAGCUUGGCUUCGUCCUCGAAUGAGCCAGGUAAUCCGUGCUCUUGAAGGCGAGGUGACCUUAAGAAACGUGGAAGAGACGUACAGCUCUUCUGAAAACCCUAAUGACAACUCUCUACCGUAUGGAACAAGUAAGAGGAGGUUCAACACUGAUUCAAGCAAUGGUUCCACUUCAGAGUAUGGAAUCAAUCCUUCUCAGUCGAGCAGUGAACAACAUCAAUUUACAGGUCCUAAAGUGUAAUAAGUUUCACCACAACUAUGGACAUGAUUAGUCUCUACUUCAUUCAUUUGUAACUAUUUGAUUGACAUUAGUGAAGGGUUUCCAAAGAUCACUGCUUGUGUUCUAGCUUUCACUUGUGAACUAUAAUUAAUAUGUUGUAAUCUUUGAUUAUAUGUUUUGUUGAACAAUUUGUAAGUCCCAUUCUUUGCAAACACC